AUGGAGCAUACAGAACAUGGACCAAGCUCAUCUUCCGCCCAACUCCUUUACUUUGUAUCCAAACCUCACACACGCCACAUGGCGAAUCAGCGCACACCCAGAAGGGCUCAUCUGGCCCCCACGGGCGUUGCCAAGCAUACGAAACCACAGCAGACCCCCGAAAAUUUUCCACCACCUGUCAACCGCGACUCCUUCACCUCACCUUUGCUUCUCUUGUUGUGA